GAGUACUUGCAGAGGUGUCGCAUGAAGAUCUGGCGCCCCCUGCACCAUUUCAGCACAUUUACGAGUUUCCCAACCCCACAAUUGACCUGGAAUAGAUUCUAAAAACACGGCAGAUUUGGUUUCGAUAAAAACUACGUCGUAAAUUAUAGCGCAAGCCGCUAGAAACAUAAUCCAUUCGCGGUAAAGCCACUAUGGACGCGGGAGACACAGCCCCUGAUUCGUGGGAACAGGAGGACGAUGUUGAGGCCACGGCUGAUACCGAACUUCAGUCCGCCUUCACCGGGCUCAACGUCAACGCUCCAGAAUUCGUGCCAUCCUUUCUUUCACUGGGUCCACCGGAAAAUGUCACGUCCGAUGGCACUGAUGCAGUGGCCAGCAUGGAAAUCUCAGAACCAGUGGCUGCAGUGGAGAACGGAGAGACGGAUGCCAGCACAGUGGAGACGUGGGAGCAAAAGGACGAGACGGAUGAGGAGGAACCAGGGGGUGGAACCGCAGCAGAGACGGGAUGCUGUUUGGACGAGGCACAUGAUGAAAUGAUGGAGGACGACGAGGAGAUGCCCACACCCAAACUGCCUCCUCCCCCACCGGACGCCCCUAAAAAGGAACAUGUUAAUGUUGUGUUCAUUGGACAUGUGGAUGCAGGCAAGUCAACAAUUGGUGGACAGAUCAUGUAUCUAACUGGUAUGGUGGACAAACGAACGCUGGAGAAAUACGAACGGGAGGCAAAAGAGAAGAACCGAGAGACAUGGUAUCUUUCCUGGGCUUUAGACACAAACCAAGAGGAAAGAGACAAAGGGAAAACAGUAGAAGUUGGAAGAGCCUACUUUGAAACAGAGAAAAAGCACUUUACUAUUCUUGACGCUCCAGGCCAUAAAAGCUUUGUACCCAACAUGAUCGGAGGGGCAUCCCAAGCUGACUUGGCAGUGCUGGUCAUCUCUGCCAGAAAGGGCGAGUUUGAGACCGGUUUUGAAAAGGGAGGUCAGACAAGGGAGCAUGCCAUGCUGGCCAAAACAGCUGGAGUCAAACACCUGAUAGUCCUCAUCAACAAAAUGGACGAUCCCACUGUGAACUGGAGUUUGGAUAGAUAUGAGGAAUGUAAAGAAAAGUUAGUGCCAUUUCUGAAGAAGGUGGGCUUUAAUCCAAAGAAAGAUAUUCACUUCAUGCCCUGCUCUGGAAUGACGGGAGCCAACUUAAAAGAACCUUCUGAGCUGUGCCCCUGGUAUACGGGAAUACCAUUCAUUCCACAUCUAGACAGCCUGGCAAACUACAACAGAUCAAGUGAUGGUCCUAUCAGAUUGCCAAUUGUAGACAAAUACAAGGACAUGGGCACAGUGGUGCUUGGGAAGCUGGAGUCUGGAAGUAUCGGCAAAGCACAACAACUUAUUAUGAUGCCGAAUAGGCAUACGGUGGAGGUGUUGAGUCUGCUCUCUGAUGAUGUGGAGACAGAUUAUGCUGGGCCUGGUGAAAACCUGAAGCUCCGGCUCAAAGGUAUUGAGGAGGAAGAGAUUCUCCCAGGCUUUAUCCUAUGCAAUGCUGAGAACCUCUGCCACUCAGGACGCACUUUUGAUGCCCAGAUUGUCAUUAUUGAACACAAAUCCAUUAUAUGCCCAGGUUACAAUGCAGUACUACACAUCCACACCUGCAUAGAAGAAGUGCAGAUAACAGCCUUAAUCUGUCUGGUGGACAAGAAGACGGGAGAAAAGAGCAAGACUCGCCCACGCUUUGUAAAACAAGACCAAGUAUGCAUCGCCCGUCUUAGGGCUACAGGAACUAUCUGCUUAGAGACUUUUAAAGACUUCCCUCAGAUGGGGCGGUUCACCCUGAGAGAUGAAGGUAAGACAAUCGCAAUUGGCAAGGUGCUGAAGUUGGUACCCGAGAAGGACUAAAUGUUGAUAAAAGGACUGUCUUGGAGCACUCUGGGACUGAGGAGAUUGCAGUGGUGUGCCUGCCAGAUGUCCUCCAAACUGUUCCAUCUUCCCACUUGUGGAUCAGUUUAAAAAAUUACUUUGGAUAAAGGACAUUAUCAAAGUGACCGUGUCAAUUUUAGAAAGAAGAUCGGCGUGACAGCUUUCUCAUAUUGAGAGCUCCACUAUGCCACUCAUGUAGCCCAAUUUAAUUUUAAAUUUUAAAUUUUUUUUCCAGUGUCUGGUACACAUUUAAUCUAAAAAUGGAUGCAAUUUUCUUUUAAGGCAUUAGCUUUUUAAAUUGUUUGUUGGAAAUACAGAUGUCAGAAAGAGUCUUGGUGUUAUCCCAUUAAAAGGUUAAUGCCUACCUGUGUGCUCCACACAAUUAUACCCCCCCCCGUUCACUUUGUUACAGAAUUAUCGGGAAGUUAGAGACUUUUGACUCUUCAUUGCGGCAUGAAAUAAGGUCCAUACAGGGUCUACGCUUGCCAGUGACCUUGCUCUUUUACCUGGCAAGAGUGGUUAUUGUCAAGUUCAUAUUGAGGGCAGGCCAUACCAGGGAUGCCUGGGCACUUCAAAUAAAAUGACACUUAUGGUAGAGAUGUAUUUAUGCACAAGGUGACCAGAUAUUUUUUUUUUUACUGUAAUGUCAUUAUAUAACAAAAGACAAAUGCACUCAAGAGGUUAAAAAUAACUCUGGUCACAUCAACUGGUGUAAUUUCUGAAUAAUCCUGUUGGGGGAUGUAAACGUCGAACUUUCAAAAAAUAAAAUGCUAAAAAGAAACAAAAUAUGGAUAAUUUUGUCUUAGCUUUUGUCCAUUGCAUUCAUAAUCCUGGAACUCAUGUUGCCAUUUAGGAAGUCCCUAUGGAUCAGACUACACAUUAUUCUGCUAAUGUUCAAUUGAGCAUGGAAGGUGCUAGCGAGAACUCCAAAUGGGCACAAUUAAAGGAUUAUUCCGAGUUCAAUACAAGUUAAGCUUAAUCGACAGCGUUUGUGACCAUGUUAAACCACAAAAAUACAUUUUCGACUUGUCCCUCCUUUUCUUUAACCAAAAGCAAAAAAUCUGAGUUACAGUCACUUAAACAAUGACCGUUAAUGUUUUUAGUGAGACAAAAAGUUACGUCCGAUUUACAACUUCAUUGCAAUGCCGAUAUAUCUUAACACCGUAAACCACAACACUCUAAAUCAACCAUAGAUUAUAAAAAAAACUAAAAAAAACUUUACUAAUCAAAUAAUACAGUACAAUUUUAUUAUUAGUGCAGGCAUGAAAAUAAAAUGCAGUAAAACAGAACGAAUGUGGCGGGAAACAAAACUUGAAGUUAAUUAUAACGACAGCCUUCAUGCUUUCAAUGUGGAACUAGGCACAGCUAAGUAGACUUCUCAGACAUUAUAAACAGCAAUAUAAAAGACACCUGCACUCUUUUGCUGCUGUUGAGAGACUAACUAACCCCCAAAACAGGUUCCCUGUGAAAUGCUCUCUUACUUUUCAAUGAUAUUAGAAUGGUGAUCAGCUCAUCCUCAGGUUACACUGAGGUUACACAGCAGCAUCCGCCACAAAAACUCAUCUCCAGCCCUGAUUUUUUUCGAUUGUGCAAACAAAUUUUUUCCCAGCUGAUAUUUACUCUUCUCCAGAAUAGAAAUGAGUCUAAAAAAUUAUUUUUUGUCAAUUCAU